AGAGAGUCAGGUGCCCGACCAGCCCAGCUCUCUGCACGUCAGGCCGCUCCCCAGCAGCAUCAUCAUGUCCUGGACGCCGCCGCUCAGCCCCAACAUCCUGGUCCGAGGUUACAUCAUCGGCUACGGCGUGGGAAGCCCCUACGCAGAGACGGUCCGCGUGGACAGCAAGCAGAGAUACUACUCCAUCGAGAACCUGGAGCCCAGCUCACAUUACGUCAUCUCCCUGAAGGCCUUCAACAACGCCGGCGAGGGAGUUCCUCUGUAUGAGAGCGCCGUCACUCGAUCGCUGUCAGACCCCGUAGACCCUUUAGAGGAGGACCUUUUCCAUCUCUUUGAUAAAUUCCCGACUCCCAUGCCAGACACCAGCACUCCCAUGAUCCCCCCAGUGGGGGUCCAGGCUGUAGCGCUGUCCUCGGACUCUGUGCGCGUCUCGUGGGCCGACAACUCCAUGACCAAGAACCAGAAGUCGUCAGAGGUCCGGUACUACUCCGUCAAGUGGAAGUCCAGCUUCUCCACCAGUGGAAAGUACAAGUCUGCAGACACCACCGCUCUGAGCCACACCGUCACCGGACUCAAACCCAACACCAUGUAUGAGUUUGCCGUCAUGGUAACCAAAGGUCGGAGGUCCAGCACCUGGAGUAUGACCGCACACGCCACCACAUAUGAAGCAGCUCCAGGCUCCGCCCCCAAAGACCUGACCGUCAUCAGUCGGGAAGGACGUCCCCGUGCUGUUCUCAUCAGCUGGCAGCCGCCGCUGGAAGCUAACGGACGGAUCACAGGAUACAUCCUGUUCUACACGCUGGACAAGAACUCGCUGAUAGACGACUGGGUGAUGGAGGCCAUCAGCGGCGACCGGCUCACCCACCAGGUGGCGGAUCUGAACCUGGACACCGUUUAUUACUUCAGGAUUCAGGCCAAAAACGGCAAAGGGGUGGGGCCUCUGUCUGAGCCGGUGCAGUUCAGGACGGCUAAAGUGGAGCUUCCAGACAAGAUGGCCAACGAUCAAGGUCGAGGAGAACACGCCUUCUGGCCUCCUGACACCAACCCCAUAGACCGGAGCAGCAUCAACGAGUCUCCCAUUGGUCAGAUGCGUCCUCCUCAUGGCAGCGCCACGCCUCAGAAGAACAGCUACCUGCUGGUCAUCAUCCUGGUCUCGGUGGGAGCCAUCAGCGUGGUGAUCGUCACGGCGCUCGUCUGCAUCCACCGCUCCUCCUCCCAGCAGAGAAAGAAGCGGGCGAGCCACAGCGCUGGGAAGAGGAAAGGCAGCCAGAAGGAGCUCCGGCCGCCGGACCUGUGGAUCCACCACGAGGAGAUGGAGAUGAAGAACAUGGAGAAAGCUCCAAGCGUGGCCCCGUCCGGCCGCGACUCGCCCAGCCAGUCCUGCCAGGACCUCCCCCCGGUGGCCCACAGCCAAUCAGAGAGCCAGAUGGGCAGCAAGAGCAGCCACUCCGGAGCCGACCCAGACGAGGCGUCCAGCGGCAUCUCCACUCUGGACCGAUCCAUCUCGGCCAGGAGGGGGACCCGAGGGAAGAUGAUGAUCCCCAUGGACCUGCAGCCCAGCAGCACACCGGUGGUCAGCGCCAUUCCAGUUCCAACACUGGAAUCCUCCCAGUAUCCUGGGAUUCUGCCUUCUCCAUCCUGUGGCUUCACACACAACAAGUUCAGCCUGAGGCCGAUGCCGUUCCCCAGUCUGACCGUGGACCGAGGAUACACUGCAGCGAUGCCCUCAGACUCCUCCACCGCUCCUCUGCUUCAGCAGCAGCCUCCACCCCAGCCGGCCGCCCCCCUCCUGCCUGGCUGCGCUGCUCCUGCCUCGGAGCACGUUCCCCCCGUCGGCCCCGUCCCCGGGGCCCCCGCCGCCCCGGGCUCCUCAGAGGAGGCGCAGACAGGCGGGGGGCGGACCAUCCCCACGGCCUGCGUUCGGCCGACCCACCCGCUGCGGAGCUUCACCAACCCGCUGCUGCCACCGCCGAUGGGGACCAUCGACCCAAAGGUUUACUCCUCCAUGCUGCCACAGUCCGGUGCCAGCCUCCCCAAACCCCAGGUGAAGACGGCGUCCCUGGGUCAGGCCGGGAAGGCUCGCUCACCUCUGCUGCCCGUCUCGGUUCCGACGGCGCCGGACCUACAAGAGGAGGGAGGAGCGAAGCCUGCGGAGGAUUCAUCUACCAAUGUCUACGAGCAGGACGACCUGUCGGAGCAGAUGGCCAGUCUAGAAGGACUGAUGCAGCAGCUGAACGCCAUCACUGGCUCCGCCUUCUAACCUGCCGUGGCCUUCAGCCGUGGACCAGACUGGAACCUCCCUGCUAGCCUCCAUAUCUCCUGCUGUCAGUUUUCCUGGAGUGACUUCUGGAUCGUGGCCCGGAUUGAAACGGGAAUAAAACAGGCAGCAGGAACUCAGCUGCUUCGACUCCAUGAACUAGACCUGAUCUGAGGUGAUUCUCUACCUGCGAACUCCAGCUUCUUCAACCUCAGACAGGAAACCGAAAAAAAUCCAAUGCCCAGAGGCUGACGAGCAGGAGGGAGAGAAUAUCAGCAAAAUAGACAAAGAUCCUCCUCUUUCUCCUAUCUGUGGUAUUUAUGAGCGUCGUCCUCCACAGCUACGGCCGGAGGAGAUGCAUCACUCGGUUUUUUAUCUUUGUGCAUUCACAGGAUGUGGAUUUAGUUUGAAUUCCUACAUUUAGGAAAAAACAGAACAUUUUCAGCCACCAAAGUUUCACUGGAACCUUAUCUUUCUCGUGGACCUACUGCUGCCCAUCAUUGUUCGUGUGUUUUCCUUCUUCAUUUACUUGUUGUCUUCUAAAAAAGGAAAACUAUCUGCUGAAUGAGCCGUCGCCCUGGCAACGCGUGUAGCCCCUCCUUUUCCCUGAUGAUGGGAAUUAGGAAACAAAAGUUCUCCUGAACUCUUUCCAGAUCCUCAUGGUCUGCUUCUGUUUCAGCCCAGAAAAACAAACAUCUUUUCCAGCGGAAGUUGUGUUGCUGCCAAAUUGUCACCUUGAAAGCUUCAUGUGAAUCUUUACUUUUGUUUCUUUCUGUCUGAAUGAACGAACAGAUGGAGGAAAAAAGGAACCAAAAUCCAAACAGUUUAACUUUAGAGUGACCAGACAGGGACCAGACGGAGGUCAGGGAUCAAAUUCACAGCUGUGUUCAAAAUGGCCGCCGCUCAACGUUUAGCUGUUAAACACGGAAACAUUUAAUAGUUUAAAAUCUGUCUAAUGCUGCCUUCAUGUGGUAAAAAUCAUCCUUUGGAAAGUU